AUGAACAUCAAGCAGACUGUGCUGGGUGAUGCAGGUGCUGGACCGGGGCACACGUCGCUGAACACCAUGGAGAACAUGCUGGGUCCUGCUUGCAUCUUUCUGCGCAAGGGCAUUGCUGAGAAACAAGGGCUUCCAGCUCGCACCAUGGGAUUUUUAGAUUGUAUAGCAUCUCCCCUUCUGGUUCCUCCAUCUCACCAUGAUGUCUUGACAGCCAACACCAUCGUAAUCUGGGCAGAUUUCCAGCUCUUGGCUCGAGAACGGGAACUGGGAGCUGAUGAAAUUGAAGAACUCCGUGAGGCCUUUGAGGAGUUUGACAAGGACAAAGACGGAUACAUCAGCUGCAAAGAUUUGGGCAACCUCAUGAGGACGAUGGGAUACAUGCCAACCGAGAUGGAACUGAUAGAGUUGUCACAGCAGAUCAAUAUGAACCUUGGCGGCCGUGUGGAUUUCGAGGACUUUGUGGAGAUGAUGUCACCCAAGCUGCUGGCAGAGACGGCAGGCAUGAUUGGACUGCAGGAGAUGAGGGAUGCCUUCAAAGAGUUUGAUGCAAAUGGGGAUGGUGAAAUAACAUUGGAUGAGCUGUACCAGGCCAUGCAACGGUUGAUGGGUGAGCGCCUGACCACUCGGGAGAUCGCAGAUGUGGUGAAGGAAGCCGACGUCAAUGGAGAUGGAACGGUGGACUUUGAGGAAUUUGUGAGGAUGAUGUCACGCUGAUGGAAUUCCUCACCCUCCUGGAGCCAACCACUGAAUAAGACACCCACACAAUGGCUUAAAAUUUUUUAAAUGUAUGGAUGCCGACAUCAAAUCCUAACCCAAACUAGGAGGUGCAAUCAGACCUCAGUUUGCAAAUGCAGCUGAGUAGCAUGACAGCUUGAGUGGGUAACUGGGGGCUGCUUCCUUAACAGAAGGGGUAAUACUUGGCAAAGGCCUCCACUCUGCC